UUCUUUAAUCAAGAAAGAUUUGGAAGGGCACGAUUUCGAAUUCGAAGGCUCAGAGAAGAAGAAGAAGAAGAAGAAGAAGCUCCUCGAAAAUUCCAAUCGAAUUGAUCAUCCAAAAACAGGCGACACAGUGUAGGGAGAGAUAAUGUUCUACAGAGGAUAUGGAGAUGGUCCUGAUGGGCGUGAGAUGGGACCUAAGCGUCAAAGAAUGAUUGAUCAAGGUCCUCCUGGACCAUUCUAUGGACCUCAUCCUGGUUCUGGCUUUAUGUAUAACCCUUAUGGUUUUGUUCCUCCUCCUCCACCUCCUCCUUUUCCUGUGGUUCGACUCCGUGGUUUACCCUUUGACUGCGCUGAGCUUGAUGUUGUAGAGUUUUUUCACGGUUUAGAUGUGGUUGAUGUCUUGUUUAUUCACAAGAACAAUAAGCUCACUGGUGAAGCCUUUUGCGUUCUUGGUUAUCCCCUCCAGAUUGAUUUCGCUCUUCAUAAGAACAGGCAGAACAUGGGGAGGAGAUAUGUCGAAGUUUUUAGGAGUACUAAACAAGAGUACUAUAAGGCUAUUGCUAAUGAGGUUGCUGAAUCACGUGUCCAUGGUAUGGCUAGUGGGGGUGGCGGUGGUGGCGGCAAUGGCGGUGGGGGUGGAGGUGGAAAUGGCGGUGGAGGCGGGGUAAGUGGUGCAAGUCCACCUCGCAGCAGACAUGUGCAGAGGGCUAGGUCGAGUGAUGAUGGGAAAGAGAAUUUUGAGCAUACGGGUAUCUUGAGGUUGAGAGGAUUACCGUUCUCAGCGGGNGUGUAUGGUUUCAAAUUCAAUCCUGAAUCACUUCGGUUUCAUCUUCUGAUAUGGAGAUGGUCCUGA